UGGGUGUUGCGUUGGGAGGAGGCAAGGUGCUUAAAUAAGCGGCGCCCACCGAUCAGUCUGUAACAUGAGAGGUGAGCUAUAAAUACCCCUAACCUUUCCUGCGUACGCUUGUUUGUGUGCAUUUGCUCAGAGCUCAGUCCAGGCCAGUUUGGCUUUUUGGAGACAAUACAGAUUUGAGUGAAGGGUCCGCUCACCACGCAGCCACCGGCCUACAUGUCGCAGAUAGUUUCGGUGGUGCCUGGAAAUGCAGAAGACUGUUUCCUGUUUUGAUUCAGCACGUUUUACUGCUGCUCUAACCUCAGUUCAGAUUUAGGUAAAAAAUGCCACAGCAAACUGUCUUUUUGAGUUGGAGUGACUCCCUGACUUUCAGACUUCAACAGAUCGCUCAGAUUUCUGCAGUUCCAGCAGCAGUCCUUCUUUCCAGCCCAUCCGCAGUCAGAUCCCCAUCCCCACUGCUCAUGUCAUGCCCUCCACUGCUGGCGCCUCAGCCUCAAAGUCGCGCUCUUUCGGCCCGGACGACGCGUUGUCCUCAACUGAGGGUCACAGGUCAUCUUCUGGUUCCAGAACCCCGAGUGGCUCCACAUCCAAGUCUUCCUCGCUCUCUAAAUCAGCCUCUUCGCCCAAUUUGGACGCCCAGCCGGGUGCAGGAGCUGAUCACGUGGGACCCAAGCCGGACUGCCUGAGCCGCUACCGCAGCCUCGUCAACGGGCUGGACCACUCGCUUUUUCCCACGGAUCACACGAGGCUGGAUGAGGGCCAGAGGUUCGACACUCCCGCUGUGGAGCCCACUCUGAAUCAGUCGGCCCUGUUGGGAGGGCUGUGUCCUGAUGUCAGGCUCAGGUUACAGACUUCCGGGAUUAGAGACCCUGCAGACUGUGUGUCUGAGGUGUACAGGGGGGGUUUGGAGCAGAGUUACAAGGUUCUGCCCGAAGCACGGCCCGGCCUCCCUGGAAUCGCAGAAACCUCUAAUCAGAGGGGGAGUCAGCUGGGUGCAGCCGGAUCUGCCGGGGUUUAUUCAAACCCUCUCAGUCUGCAGACUCAAGCUCUGCUCCGGGAGCACACGAGUCCCAAAAGCUACGACAGAUGUAGUGAACUUUCUAGCUGGCAGCAAAAGCAGCAGCUGGAGACUUUACGCCUACAAGUGGAACAAAUGCAGUUGAUGAAUGCUGGCGUGAGCCAGUAUCCCCCGCUGUACUCGACGCCGCUUCACCCGGAGUCGGGCAAGUGGGACGCUCUGGUUAAAGCCAGCGAGAGUCUGCUGAAGGAGAAGGAGCUUAUCAUUGAGAGACAGAAGCAGCACAUGGCCCAGCUGGAGCAGCGGCUGAGGGAAAGUGAACUGCAGGUUCACGGCGCCCUGCUGGGUCGAGGGGCUUCGUACGGCGACAUGUUCAUGCUGCGUCUUCAGGAGGCUCAGAGGGAAAACGCAUUCCUUAGAGCUCAGUUUGCCGAGCGCACCGACUGCGCUGCGCUGGAGAAGGCCGAGGCGGAGCGCCGGCUCGGUGCAGUGGAGGCAGAGACACGGCGGCUCACUGAGAGUUUGAAGGAAGCCUGCGAGAGGCACGCAGAGGAAAUGAAGAAACAGGAAGAAAGGAUCCGCAGUCGAGACAAACACAUCAACAACCUGAAGAAGAAAUGUCAAAAGGAGGCAGAGCUGAAGAGGGAGAACCAGCAGCGUAUUGAAACUCUGGAGCGCUACCUCGCUGACCUGCCUACCUUAGAGGACUAUCAGAGUCAGAAUAAGCAGCUAUUAGAGGCUGAGCAGCAGGCGGCUCAGCUAGAAGAAAAAGUUAGAGAACUGGAAGCCACUCUGGAGAAAACGCGCUCACAGCUCCAGGAAAAAGAUGCUCAGCUGGAGGAGCAGAAACGCAGGGAGAGAGACCUGCUGAAAACCAUUACAGACAUGCAGCAGCGGGUGCAGCAGGGCCUAGAGGACGGAGCCAGACUCCCGUGUCUGGAUAUGGAGAAGCUUAGAGGAGAGAAUGACGCUUUGAGAGAGGAGCAGCAGAGGCUCAAAAAGGUUAUUGAGAAACAACAUCGAAUGAUGGAACAGCUUGGAUCCCAAAUCCAGGCUUUGGAGGAGCAGAUUUCACAGGAAGAAAGUAGCUCUCAGGCUCUUAGAGAAGAAGUGUUGGCUAAAGAUACGAAUGUCCUGGAGCUCCACACAGCCAUGAAGGAGCUGUCGGCCCAGAACCAGGAGCUGAUCGAGCAGAAUCUGACGCUGCAGGAGCAGAUGAGCGAUCCGGAACAGAGGAUCUCCAACCAGGCCUCGUCCGUCCUCGAGCCGGCAGGGGCCCAUCUCACACAGAGGCUGCACUCAGAGAUCGCCUCCUGUCUGGGUGACCUGCGCUCGCUGUGCAGCAUCCUGACCCAGCGAGCCCGGGGCCAGGACCCCAACCUCUCUCUGCUUCUUGGUCUCACUUCACCUCCAGCAGUUUCUGAGCAGGAUGAGGACUGGAUGGAACCAGACGUGCUGCAGAAGAAACUGGUGGAGGCCCAGCAGCUCCGGCGGGACGUGGAGGAACUGCGUAAUGUCAUUCUGGAUCGUUACGCACAGGACAUGGGGGAGAACUGCAUCACUCAGUAACGGUGACUUCUCUCUGAUGGAGGAAACCUGCAGCAACCACUUGUUCUCUCAGACUUUCUUUCCUUGAUACCGAAUGUUUGAAGAAAGCCUGUGUUUUGAUUUCCUAGAAUGAGGACAAACCAAAAUGGUUUCUCUUUAACUUCUCUCACCUGACUGAACAUUGAGUCCCAAGCCUAGCUGUAGCUCAGACGCCUCCCAUCCUCAGUUAGUUCGGCUAUUUCAGUCCAAGGGCUACCAGAAAUAACUUACCUCUACUACUUGAUCCUUUAAGCAUUGUGUGUGUGUGUAUGUGUGCAUUUGAUGAGGUUGACAUUGUAUUAUUGUAUUACCAGUUACCAAACAGUCUUAUUCUUUUUGACGCGAGUAGAUGAUGCUUUGUUGAGAAGUCCCAGAAAUCUAAUUUAUUUAAAUCUUGUAUUUCCCUGUUUAGGGGAAUGAUCCUUUUAGUGGUUGACAAUCAACUGGACAUGUUGUAACUUUGUGCUUUUAACUGAAUUGACAAAGAAAUGUUACCAAUGCAUCAUUAUUUCUAAUGGUGAACACUGUAACGUUGGACUGUGCUGUGACUUACGGGACGUAACGACUUCAAGGGUUUCAAACCAAAUCAGCUUCUCACACCAACAGGCCUACAGCAGUUUUAUUACCAAAGAUACUCUCUGGUCUAAAGCGGGAACGUUGGCGAGCUCGCCUCCCCGCUGCGGGCCGUCGCUCUGACUGUACACCAGCGUGUGCCUUUGUCCUGAUUGCAACUACUAUGCUAACUCGUUUCAGACCAACCGGAAGGGUUGUUUGCUGCUGAAGUCUUCCAAUAUGACCUUUCUCUCAGAGCACCAACCAGCAGGAUAAUCAAUACAUUCCCUGACUCUGAAUGUAGGAAACAGCGGGACACAUUACAGCAGCCGAGGAAACCCCGACUCUUUCUGUUCACGGUUAACAAUUUGGAGUAAAAACUGUUAGUCUGGGCGAGCUUUUUGUAGGUUUUGCUCUUUUAACGUUUAUGAUGGCCGACUUUCAUUCAGCAGAGUAGUUGACUGAUAAAUGACUCAGAAACAGUAUUAAUCCUGUGUUAUUUAUUAUUUUUUUUGAUAACUUGGUGUGAACAAUUUUUUUUGGGGGGGGGGAGCCUGCCUAACUUGUUCAUGUAAUAAUGUGUUAAUAUGUUCAGAAGAUUUUGUAAAGGUCCCAUGAAGUGUCAUUUUUGUUCUGGUCACUUGUAAUAGGAUGUUGAGAUGGGAGCAGGUUCUCCUACGCGUUUGUUGUUAUCCCGUGGUGAUCAGCAGCUGGGAUGGCGGGGUCACCCCCAAAUCACAACAAGUAUAGGGUAAGCCAUUUAGGAAAAACUCGACACUUUACAGGAGGUGAAAGGGAUUUUUAAAAUAAAGAUAUGCAAAAAGAAAAAAAAAAAAGACAUACAACAAAAGAUUUUAACCAGGGACACUCAAGCCAUACUUCAUUUCAUGGGACCUUAAAACUUAACUAGCACAAGGUUUCGCUUUGGAACGUCAGGCUCCGCAUGCCUUAACAUCUCAAAUGUUUUGCAAAAGGGAAAAAAGACGUCUAUUUUCAUACUGUUGUUUAUGUUUAUAACUGAAUAUUGUAGAAAUAAAGAUUUUUGACAUU